AUGAAGUGUUCAGCAGGUGUUAAUUUGCGUGGCGGUUAUAAGAACACUCUCAAGAAGGAAGGAAGAAGGAAGGAAGGAAGGAAGAAGAAGGAAGGAAGGAAGGAAGAAGAAGGAAGGAAGGAAGGAAGAAGAAGGAAGGAAGAAGAAGGAAGGAAGAAGGAAGGAAGGAAGGAAGGAAGGAAGGAAGGAAGGAAGGAAGGAAGGAAGGAAGGAAGGAAGAAGGAAGGAAGGAAGGAAGAAGGAAGGAAGGAAGGAAGAAGGAAGGAAGGAAGGAAGAAGGAAGGAAGAAGAAGAAGGAAGAAGAAGAAGGAAGAAGAAGAAGGAAGAAGAAGGAGGAAGAAGAAGAAGGAAGAAGAAGAAGGAAGAAGAAGAAGGAAGAAGAAGAAGGAAGAAGAAGAAGGAAGAAGAAGAAGGAAGAAGAAGAAGGAAGAAGAAGAAGGAAGAAGAAGAAGGAAGAAGAAGGAAGAAGAAGAAGGAAGAAGAAGAAGGAAGAAGAAGAAGGAAGAAGAAGAAGGAAGAAGAAGAAGGAAGAAGAAGAAGGAAGAAGAAGAAGGAAGAAGAAGAAGGAAGAAGAAGAAGGAAGAAGAAGGAAGAAGGAAGAAGGAAAAAAAUGAACUUGAUGAGAACAUUACAUCGUGUAAUGCUACCCUCAUUUAA